AUGUCUUCCCCUUCCGUCUUCAAUUUCAAGAACUUUGCACCCGGUGAGGACAGCCCCUCACAAUCACAUCAAGUGAGGUCGAGAACUGGAUCGGGUCAGAAUGGCGCAGAGGCCAACCCGUUUUCCUCGGUAAGUGAUGGUUUUAGCAAUAUGGAAAUUGAUAAUGAUAUUUGCUAUGUGUUUGGUUCUAGUCGUAUUGAUUCUAAAUCAAAUUUUAAUUCAGGAGGGCAUCAUAUGGGCGAAGGCAAUGUGGUUUCUAAAGUUUGCAUGGAAUCUGAGAAAGUAGAAACCAGUGCUUGCAAUGUAGCCAAGUGUCAGGGUGAUAAUGUAACCGCUGUUUAUAGUAGUAAUAGUACUACUGCAAAUAACUGUGGAAGUAGAGACCGUGACAACUUAUUUGCAUCAGGUUUUGAAGAUAUGAAGAGGAAAGCUUUUCGAUUUUCUGUGGAUGGUAGUUCAGUUAGGGCAAAGCCUCAUCGACAACGUAGAGAGAAGAGUAGAACGAAAAAUAAGAAGAAAGUUAUUGGUCAUCAUGAUGUAUUGGUUAUAUCUCCCAAUGUCACGAAUGUCACUACUUAUGCUAGGCAUGGUAACUGUCAAGCCUGUGCGGAGUUUAGAACCAAGGGAUACGAAGCUCAUUGCAAUAAUGAUUUCUUAAUAGCACAACAGUAUUACACACUGGGAAUAGAAUCUCUACGUGCAAGUGAAAGAUCAUGCUGCCUCAAGCGUCUUUCGCAAUGCUAUAGCGAUCGUGCAGCAGCAAGGGUGUCUCUGGGAAGGAUAAGGGAAACUUUAGCGGAUGCUUUGAUGGCUAUUCAACUGGACCCCGGGUAUCCUGAUGAUCAAACUGUUGCGUGUUUGGACCGGAGAGUUGUAAUAGAUUGUGUUGAUGGCAUAAAAAAGGCUCACAAAGUGGCUGAGUGUACAAAUCGUUCCGCCUCGCUUCUGGAAAAGAGAACUGCUGAUGCUGCUCUUAGUGCCUUUGGAAUAAUUUCUGAGGCUUUGUGUGUUAGUACAUACUCGGAAAAGUUACUUGAAAUGAAAGCAGACACACUGUAUUUGUUAAGGAGGUAUGAAGAGGCAAUUCAACUGGGAAGGUAUAGGGAAGCUCUUUGUUUCGUGGAGCAAGUGAGAUCUAUGAAAGACGAGUAUGGAAGUAAGAAUAUGGAAUCAUCAAUGUCAGCAGCUGUCACUAUAAGUGAACUGUUAAACCACAAGAUUGCAGGUAAUGAAGCGUUUAAAGCAGGAAGAUAUACAGAAGCCGCGGAGCAUUAUACUACUGCUUUAUCAAGCAAUAUCGGUUCUCGCCCAUUUGCGGCAAUUUGUUUGUGCAACCGUGCUGCAGCACACCAAGCUUUAGGUCAAAUUAUGGAUGCCAUUGCAGAUUGCAGUCUUGCAAUAGCUCUUGAUGAAAAUUAUGGUAAGGCAGUUUCUAGAAGAGCUACCUUGCAUGAGAUGAUACGCGACUAUCAAUCUGAUGACAAGGCCAAAGAGUCUACCACCAAUGCCUUUGCAGAAAAAUUACAACAGGCUCGUCGACGCUUGCCAUCACUUAAUGAAAAGGCUAAGAAAGGAAUCCCCUUGAAUUUCAACCUCAUUUUGGGGAUUAAACCAUCUGACACAAAUUCUAAUAUCAAGAAAGCGUACCGCAUGGCAGCUCUCAAACAUCAUCCUGACAAGGCUGGCCAGUUCUUGGGUAGAAGUGAAAACCGAGAUGAAGAGCUACUGUGGAAGGAAAUCUCGGCGGAGGUUCAGAAAGAUGCUGACAAGCUAUUUAAAAUGAUUGGAGAAGCUUAUGCAGUACUAUCAGACCCGAGCAAGCGCUCAAAAUAUGAUUUUGAGGAGGACAUGAGAAAAGCAGCAAAUGAAAGGAAGGAACAACGCAAUUUUAGAGAACGUUCAGAUUUUCAUAGUCCAUACAGCAGUUACAGACCUUCCGAUUUUCAAAGUACUAAAACAACCAGCAGUUUUGGGAAGCCUUCAUACUCUGGGUGUCCAAGCAGAUCCAGUAGUCAUAGAAGAUAUGGUCGUAGGUCCCCCUUUGAGAGAACAUGUCCGGAUGAAAGAGAAAGUUGGAAGUCAUAUGGUUGA